AUGCAAGAGUAUACAGAGGUCAAGUUAAAUCUUGAUCAAGAAUCAUACUUUAAACAACAGUUGUUAAAGUACUCGGUGAUGGAAGAGAUCAAGAUCUACUUUAACGAUGCAGACUUUCUCAAUGAUACACUGUUUCUAAAGUUCCUUUUCGAUCAGCUGACAACGAUUCCUCUGCUGGCCAACAAGGAGAGCGCCAAGACAAAGUUUCGCCAGUUGAUUCACACACUGCCACAGAUUGUGAUUCAGUCGCAACUCGCCUCGAAACAAGAGACACGUGACCAAUUCCGAAAGUUUGUUGUAAAGGUGUUUGACGUUGCGCUUCGUACUCCCAUGGAGAGAACCAACGAUAAGACACUGAAGAUCUUUGUCGACCCCUCGGUUGCCAACGCCGAGAAGGAGUGGAUCAAAGAGCGACGACGUGACGAACAACACAAACAAGAGACACUGGACGACGAGGAGGACGAAAAGAUCAUGGAGGAGCGUGACCGUAACCCAAAGGACAUCGAACGUGACGAAUCCAUCGCUAAGCUACAGAAGCGUCUGACUGAACUGACACAGAUCAUCAUUAUGAAUAUCGAGAAGAAGAAUAGAGAUGCUGCACAUGGCACUGGCGAUUCACACAAUGGAAUAUCAUCGUUGUUCAAUAUCAUUCUAAAGACGAAACACAUGAAGGAUCUACCGGAUGAAUUCACAGAGUUUGUCAAUACCGUCAUUAAGAUUAUGUCGCUUUGGAUGGAGCGUGAGUUGCGCGAUCCCAAACAGGUGCAAAAGAUGAAGCGUCUCUACAUGAUCACCCCGGUCAAAGCGAUUCGCGCAUCACUCGCCAUCGCUAAUCCCAUUACGCUCCUCAAGGGUUUCAUCAUCUUGUUCUUAGCGAAACCAUUUGGAUCGCGUAAUCUCAUUCAAACAAUCACCUCUGUCAUGGUGGAGAUUGGAAAGACCGAGCGUACACUCAAGAAAUCACAGAAGGAUGCAGAGACUGCGCUCCUGAACAUUCCCAAUAAGAAUGUGAGAAAGCUGCUCAUGGCAAAGAUGAAAGGAUUCGUUCAGAACAUUCACCAAAUCUCGAGCUUCGACGGCCAACCCAUUGCCUAUUUCAAGGACGUCCCAGACUCGUUGUCCGUCAUGCAAUAUCAGUGGCCAGGCUCGCCACCCGUAGAUUCCGCCAUUAUCGCAACGCUCGACGAAGAACACUUCAAAGCACUGUUUGAAUACGUAAAGAUGGAGAAGAGAAAGAAGGAGAAGAACGACUUUAUCGAUAUUCUUGGUAAUGACGAGAUGAUAGAUAUCAUUCGUGAGUUGCUACCGGUUCUCUACGAACCGCUUGGCAAGCUGUUCUGUAAAGCCAACAUCGGUUAUCACUUUGAGAAGAUUGCCUACGUCAUGAAGAAGAUUAUCACUGUUGCCGAGAGUGGAGAACUGGUGGAGGACGACGACCAUGACUUGGAACUAAACAACAACAGCAACGGCAAUGGUAGCCACGUUGCUGCAGACGAAUUCGACGACUACCAUCCAAAGUCAGCCGGUCACACUCCACCCUACAUUGACUCUGACCUCGACAUCCACGGCUCACCAAACCAACCGGUUACCGUAACCGAAGACAAGAAGUCCAACAGUGGAAACAGUUUGCUUCGUUCCACUUUCGGUUGGUUGAAACCAUCUAAUCUCUUCUCAUCGUCCUCAACAACAACUACUACAACAACAACAACUCAGCAAUUACCAAAGUCACAACCAACUACACCACAAACACAAUAUAGUAAUAUCUCAAACAACGAAAAUCACAACAAUGGAGAAGAGUCAAUCGAUACUCGAGAUUUGAAAAAGAAGUUCAAGAAGGAUAAGAGCGCGCAUAUCACUAUGAAUGAACGUUUGGCUUUGUAUGAAGACGCUUGCCGAAUUUUAAUGGAGAGAAUCUACGAUAUGGUGCAUGAUCUUGUUGUAUCCGAUGCCAAGAUGAAUGUCAAUGAGCAUGAUGGAACUAUCGCAACCGGUCUCCUUUCUCAAUCGGUGUCAUGGCUGCUAGGUCUACUGCAAUUCCUCAAGGACGAGGAAGUCGAUGUCUACACCGAGAUAUUCAAGCCACUCUCGCCAAACAUGAAAGAAAGAGUCAUUGAAGAACUGGAGCUUGUUAUUGCCUAUCGCCGAUGGAGAAUGGAUGUCGGUGAUAUCGAAGAGAACAAAGAGGUAUCGGACAACCAAACAGAUGCCAGUCAAGUAUCAGCAGGAGAGAACGGACACAAGAAAGACAAAGAAUCAAAGAGAGAAGAGAAGAAACGAGAGAAAGAGAAAGAGAAAGAAAAGAAGAAACAACAGAAAUCACCAAGAAAACCAUCGCCUUCACACAACAAAGAGAAUGGCAAUGGAAACGAAGCCGACGAAGACAAAGACAAAGAGAGAGAACCAGGUCCUGACAAACCGAAACUUGUAUAUAUUCCCCAAUUGACCGGUCCAUUCAUAGAGUUGAUUAAGUCUAGGUUCGACCGACUAGGUGAUCCCUCCAAAUACUCAUUAGUCAACCUCUCAAAGAUCAUUGUCAAUCCCGAUGACAUACCAAGAGAUCAAGAUCUAACCGUCAACAACAACAACAACAUCUUUGAAAGUCCUGUUGAAGUUAAAAAAUAA